AUGACGGCUCAAGAGACUGAAAAGCGUGGAGCAGCUGCUUCCAACUUGGAAGAACAGCAAUACCUUGGACUCUGCAAGAAGAUCAUUGAGGAGGGCGAGUUUAGGCCUGACAGGACUGGCACGGGUACUCUCAGUCUAUUUGCACCUCCGCAGUUGCGCUUUGAUUUAGCUGGUGAUGUGUUUCCGCUACUUACGACUAAGAAAGUGUUCACUAAAGGCAUCAUUUUGGAACUACUAUGGUUCAUCUCAGGUUGCACCGAUGGUAAAAAACUGUCUGAACAGGGCGUGAGGAUAUGGGAGGGCAACGGAUCCAGAGAGUAUCUCGACAAGCUAGGGCUGCAUGACAGACGUGAGGGGGACUUAGGACCGGUGUAUGGCUUCCAAUGGAGACAUUUUGGAGCCGACUAUAAGACAUGCGAUGACAACUAUGAGGGACAGGGGUUUGAUCAGUUGGCUGAUCUCAUUAAAAAGCUCAAGACUAAUCCUUACGAUAGGAGGAUCAUUUUAAGUGCAUGGAAUCCUCCAGAUUUCCCGUUGAUGGCCCUGCCGCCCUGUCACGUAUUUUCUCAGUUCUACGCCAGUUUCCCUCAAGAUGGCGGCAAGCCAAGACUUUCAUGCUUAUUGUACCAGAGAUCUUGUGAUAUGGGAUUGGGAGUACCUUUCAACAUUGCCUCGUACGCUUUGCUUACCAGGAUGAUAGCACAUGUUUGCGACAUGGAACCUGGUGAGUUUAUCCACACGAUGGGUGAUGCCCAUGUCUACAAAGACCACGUUGAUGCAUUGAAGGAACAGAUGGGCAGGACACCGAAUGAAUUCCCCAAAUUAAGGAUAAAGAGGAAGGUGGACAACAUUGACGAUUUCAAAUAUGAAGACUUCGAGAUAGUGGACUAUCACCCACACGGUAAGAUCCAAAUGAAAAUGAGCGUUUAA